AUGGCGCUCACCUGUCCCACGUUUUUGAGGCUCGCUGCACGCCCGUUUACCGAGGUGCUACGGGAAGCCGCGGUGCCCCGGACGUGGCCUCCGCUGUCCCGUCCGGCCCGGGACAAGAGGCAGCCCGCACAAGUGCGGGACGGGCCCGAUGAUGUUCUGAGACAAGGAGAGGGGAAGCGGCCUGCCGUGUACGGGGUCCCCCCGGGGCCAGGGCAGGCAGAAGAAGGGAAGCUGUUUGUGCUGGAAUCUGAGAACGGCUCGCGCGGCCUGGAGCUGGAGGCGGCCCGGCUUUCCUGCAGGAGCAGGGGUGCGCACCUGGUGUCUGCGGACGAGCUGCGGAGGGUGGUCCAGGAUUGUGCCUUUGCGGUGUGCACCACGGGCUGGUUGGCGGAUGGCACCCUGGGGACAACCGUGUGCGGCAAGGGGAAGGGUGAGCAGCAAAUCAUGAGAGCCGUGGACGUGAGAAUUGAAAGCAGCCCGGUUCCUGGUGGCAGGUCCAAUGCCCUCUGUAUGAAGGAUGAAGACAAGCCGUGUGGAGACCCGCCCUCGUUCCCACACACCGUCCUGCAGGGCCGCACGGGCUUGGAGACCGGGGAUGAGCUGCUGUACGUGUGCGCCCCGGGCCCCGCCACCGGCCGCCGUGGAUCGGCCUUCACCUUGCUGUGUAACAGCUGUGGGGAGUGGUACGGCCUGGUGCAGGCCUGCGGGAAAGAUGAUGCUGAGGCACAUAUCGACUAUGAAGAUAACUUCCCUGAUGACAGAUCUGUGUCACUCAGAGAGCUCAUGGAGGACUCCCGGACGGAGGCAGAGGAGGACAGAGGUCCAGGAGAGGCCUCUGAGGAGGCUCCACGGCAGGACCGUCUGGUCUCCGUUUCUGUGGGGAGAGACAACAUAGCCCAGGAUACGGCCUUUGUGCCAACUACAGGCUUGUCCGUCGUUGGGAGCAGCGUCCCCACAGACCUGCCAGGAUCCCGACUGAGCCGCAAGUACUUGUUCUGGCUUCCCGCGGAGCCCUUCCACAAGCCUGAGAGGGAAAAGGGGACGGAUGAUGACACCAAAAAGCAGUUUCUGGCUAGAGAGAAGCAUGGUAGCAUCACACCGGCUCCGGGCGAACCUGACACCAAGAUGGCCUAUAGCAGCACAGAUGGGCACUCAGGGACGUUUGUGGGCAGGACCGACGGCAAGACAGGGGACCCGAUGGUGAGCAGCAGUGAUGAGUCCUGGUUAGAUGGCUACCCUGUGACCGACGGGGCUUGGAGGAAGACGGGGGCAGAAGAGGAGGACGGGGACAAGGGAGGUGGGUCAGUAGGGCCGGAAGAGAGGGUUCUAGUUGCUCCCAGCCAGCCCACUCCUGUCGAAGUUAAGAAGCCUGGAGGUGCCACGCUCACACCACGUGAGGACGUGACCCGCGGUUCAGUUCUUCUGUCUCAAACGCUAGAUGUGGAAGCUUUGGCUCUCGGACCCAUAAAUGUGUCUGAAACGGAGAGUCCCAGCGAGGGAGACGGUGACUUGCCCGGGUACCAGUCAACUGUUCCUCGGAAGUUUGCCACAGAGAAGUCUCCCGUGGCCACCCUCCCCUAUGAACUCACCAGCUCUGCCCCGGAGACGGUAACAACUGCUGCCCGGCAGAUGCCGGAUCCCAGUCCCUCGACUGUCAUGGCAGCCACCCAGACUCCAGGGGAAACCAUCGCUCCUGAGGUCCGGGACAGCUUCCCCUACCUGCUGUCCGAGGACUUCUUGGGACAGGAAAGCCCCGGCCCACGUGCGAGUGACGAGCUUCUGCCAACCGUAGAACCGUGUGUAGGGGAUGGGUGUCCCGGCCUCGGCAGGGGCCCUGUCAUCGCCACCAUCGUCACCGUCCUGUGUCUGCUGCUGCUCCUGGCAGGCGUGGGGGCGGUGUGGGGCCACCGCAAGUGCCAGCACAAGAGCUCUGUGUACAAGCUGAACGUGGGCCAGAGGCAGGCUCAGCACUACCACCAGCAGAUUGAGAUGGAGAAGGUCUAG